AUGCAGUCAGGGCUCAAGAAGGUUCUUCUGAGUUAUGAUGGGAACACUGUGGCGAACGGGAGCGGAGUUGACACCGGCCUUCUCGACAUUCUCGAUGCGGUAUCUGAGCCGAUUGUGGCACUCGAGAGGCACGCACCUACUACGCUCUACGGAACUCUUCCGGGCACCUUGCUCACUCUCCACCUGCCAUUCCGAUGGAUGGCUACACUUGUGCUGGAACAGACCCCUCUACUCUUGUAUAUUCGCGAUGAGCAUUACGAAGUUACUGCUAGCCAGGCGCCAGAGGCUGAGAAUGCUCUUGAGACUGUCCAGCAAGACCAUUCUUCAUUCACUUCAUCGCGAUAUGGACGGCAGCUAUGCUUCCUCAUAUUCCUCCGGGAAUUCUCCCAGUAUCUGGUCUACGCUCGUUUGAUGGCGGUCUUCGAGGACAUUAUCUGCACUCGUCACUACUCGAAAACAACUCACUGCCUUCUCAAAGACUGCAAAAUUGUUUCCGUGCCGAAUGAGCUUGCCUUUCUGGAGGUUGCUGAUUUCCUUCCGGUGUGCUAUUAUCGCUCUUUUCCCGUGGACUACAGUGGCGUCGCUGUACGCGGCCGGCGCCAUAUCACAAAGCUUUGGGGCACUCAUUUCCGGCAAUCUUGA